AUGACACCAAUAACCAACACAACAAACAACACGUCCUCUGUACUGGCAAGUGCUGGAGAGAUGUCUUUUUUGAAUAUUAUUUUUGGAUUAGUCGGCAUAAUCGGUUUACUUGGCAACCUACUGGUCUGCGUUGUAUUUUUACGAGUGAGGCAUCUACGGACACUGACCAACUACCUGAUUGUCCACCAAGCUAUUAUCGACCUCACCAGUUCAGCGCUCACUGUCCUGGCCUACUUGGGACCACAGUUCAUCUACACGUCAGAUAGUAUUGGUGGUGAGAUCAUAUGUCGGUUUUGGAAGUCUGCCUAUUUGUUUUGGUCCACUGCUAUUGCAUCAGCCUUGAACCUGACGGUCAUCACACUGGAACGGUAUUCAGCAAUCAUAUAUCCGCUUCACUACGUUAAUAUAUUUACCUUCAAGAGGGUGGUUGGCAUCCUUGUUGCUGAAUGGCUAUGUGCUUUAAUUUUUAAGUCGUUCAACUUCUAUGUACAGCACUUUGAUCACGGAAUUUGCCUCUCGAAGAAGAUAUGGUUUAACGCCGAGUUUGGAAGAUUCGUUGGCAUUGUCAAUGUUACUGCCCAAUUCAUCAUCCCAUUGCUGAUUAUGUCUGUGGCAUAUACACGAUGCAUCAUGGCUUUGAGAAAGAGAUCGAUCGCUGAUGUACAAAUGGGAUCCGCAGAUGCUUCAUUAAAACGAGCCAGUAAAAAUGUUUUGAAAAUGCUGGUAGUGGUUUUCCUAGCAUUCAUCCUUUGCUGGGGACCAAAUCAGGUCAUGUUUCUUUCAUUUUGUUUGGGUUUUAAACUCGACUUCGGCAGUAAGCUGUAUCACGCUUCCGUCAUCUUGGUAUACACCAACUCAUCUGUUAACCCAUUUAUUUACGCACUGAAAUACAAACAGUUUCAAAACGGAGUACGUCUGAUAUUUGGCUGCAAAUCAAGAAACGGGGUUGAAAACACCAGCACUGUUCAGACUUUAUCCUAA